CGGAGAGAGCAAUCAGCGAGAGUCGUCCGUCUGUGUAUGUCGGUCACACGAAACGGACACGUCAUAUCGUUACCACGGAUAACCCAGAGAAGAAGAACACGAAUACCAUUUGCAUGAGGCUGGCUUAAAGAGCGGAUACAGCACAGACAGCACCAAGAUGUCACAAAAUCAAUCCUACUUCUGGCAAACCACCAGAAACAAUGUAUACCUGAAGCGUUCCGCCAAAUGGCACAUGGCGCUGGCCCUGAUGGUGGUCCUCACAUUCUCGACGAUAUGUGCGGCAGAAUUUCAACAUGAAAACGAAGACAAUGUGGCCGUACAAUCGGGAAUACAGAGCGGCGUGGUGGAGGAUCAAUUGGUUGGGAACAGAGCAACGGACCUAAAUGAAUUACCAGAUAAACCCACAGAUACGGAUCAUCGGCAGGCCAAGGGCAAGGGGAAUUUUAUCGAUGCGUUCACAGCAUCGAUAUCUGUUAUACUUUUAACAGAACUAGGCGAUAAGACAUUCUUUAUUGCUGCCAUAAUGGCCAUGCGCCAUCCCCGUUUGAUUGUCUUUGGCGGUGCUAUUGCCGCCUUGGCCCUUAUGACGGUACUCUCAUGCGUAUUUGGCAUGGCAGCGAACUUUAUUCCUAAGAUUUAUACGUAUUAUAUCUCAACUGCAUUAUUUUUAAUAUUCGGCUUGAAAAUGCUGUACGAUGGCUACAAGAUGAAACCAACCGAUGCUCAAGAGGAGCUCGAAGAGGUCCAAACCGAUUUGCGUAAGCGCGAAGAUGAGUUGCUGCGCAAGGCAACGCGCAAGUACGAGGAUACGGAGACCAAGCGAAAGAAUAGCAACUCGGACAAGGAGGAUGCCAGCGAGCAGGCUCUCAUCCAUGGCCGCAACUCCAUUGUUAUUGUCCCCGGCUCGGGAGCCGGCAACGACUCCGACAUGCAGCAUCGUCAGCGACGCAACAAUAACAAUAAUAACACCACCAAUUCUACUAGUAAGCAAAGUAGCUGUGAUAAAACUGGCAACGAUGAUGGCGACGACUACCGCGAGUCCGAGGUGUUCCUCAAGGAUGGCAAUCGCAUUGUGGAACAGCUCAAGCUGAAGACCUUCCACAGCAGCAGCCCGUCGCACUCGGCGGCAUCAUCGAACCAGACCGAACAAACCCAAUGUGAAAGCCCACGCAACAAUCUGAAUCUGAACGGCUCCUCCUCCGUGGCGGGUGAUCUGACUGAUCCGGAAACUGGGGUGGCGCUGGAGCCGCGUGCUCCCCUGGCCGGACACGAGAGCAUGCAUAGUCUGAGUGGCAGCUUGAAUGGCGGCGAGGACCUGGCUGGCACCGGCAAUGGCACUCUUAAAGCACGGCUGGACCGUGAUGUGAAUGCUGCUCUUGUCCAUGAUGCCGAGAGUGGUCGUCGUCGUCCGCUGCAGCGACGUGGUGCCGGCUACUUCACCUGGCGCAUCUUGGCCCAGGCCUUUACGAUGACUUUCCUCGCCGAGUGGGGUGAUCGCUCUCAGUUGACCACCAUUAUUCUCGCUGCCAGCAAGGACGUUUACGGCGUAAUUGCUGGCGGUAUUAUUGGCCAUUGCAUCUGCACUGGCCUGGCUGUGAUUGGAGGUCGUCUGGUGGCUUCCAAAAUCUCUGUGCGCACUGUCACCAUUGUUGGUGGCAUCGUAUUCAUUGGCUUCGCUGCCUACGCUGUUCUCAUGCCACCCGAUGACUUGUAGACAACCAACAAAGAGAUUUGCCGCCCGUUGACGACCACCACAAAAAAUAUAUAUAUUCAAGAUUUAGUUAUAGUUAAGACCACUGUUUAUUCGAGGAGCACCAGGCAUUGCUUAAUGUUAAAAUGAAUAUUGGAUUCGCUUGCUAACCGAAAACCUAACCUAAUCGAAAAAACAAAAGUGCCUUCAGUGCUUUUCGCCUCGGCCAUGACAUAUUUAAAAAUUUAGUCCCACAAUGAAUUUCGUUUUUGCCCCUGGCUGCCCUUUGCCAAUAGCCAGCCUCACUGUAUGUCCCAUUGUCUAGUAUUGAUUUGAAUGUUCAUUUAUGUGUUUAGUAUUAAAGUUGAAAGUUGAUUAUAUUGUACAUACGCGUGCUGGUGUAACCAGGUUGCCUAGGCUCCUCCUCAAAGUUGAAACAAAACCAGCCCUUCUCUUCUAUGCAUGUUUACUUAAAAAACCCCCACAAUGAAACUUUGUACAAUUGAUUAUUUAUGCGAUUUUUGUAUGAAGAAUUUAGUAAAUUGAGCAAAACUAAAAUGUA